AUGGCUUGUGUUCCCUCCCCUCUGACGCUCCGGCUCCACAUAAAUAGGAAGCUCGCCAGCUCAGCGGCACACUUCAGCUCAGCCGCUCAGGAAGCAAGCAUCUCCCGUCAAAAAGCACAACAAGAAAACGCAAACAGAAUGAGUCCCAGCUUCACUACUGAGGCCAGCCAGCCUCUCCCUGCAAGGUCCACCGUGGCCCAGAGAAAACAAGCCAACGAACUUAGAAAGACUCUUAAACCCCUGCUGGAGAAGAGAAGACGAGCUCGCAUCAAUGACAGUCUCAAUCAUUUGAAGAGCCUGAUUUUGCCCCUUGUUGGCAAAGAUAACGCACGCUACUCCAAGCUGGAAAAAGCGGACAUUCUGGAAAUGACAGUCCGCUUCCUCAGAGAUCUUCCUUCCACCCCAGUCAAAGACUCCGCAGACAGUUACAGAGAAGGUUACAAAGCUUGCCUCCAGCGUGUUUCCGCGCUGCUUCCCAAAAGUCUGGAUCAGGACGCGUGCCAACGGGUGCACGACUUCGUCCAGCAGUCCAUGUCUGCCACCGUCACUCCAACCUGCCUGAACUGCUGUGCCCAGAGCUCCAGGACUUUACCUCAGAUCCAAGAGAAAAUUAUGAGCCUCAAAUCCAGCUUCACCUCCAGGCUGGAGACUCAGCACCGCAGCAGCAGCGCAGUGGCUCCAAGCAGAGCGCAGGCAGACCAGCAGGCUGUCAGCGCUGCUACGUGGAGACCUUGCUCCACCCAGUGCUUCCUGCAUAAGUUCUCUAAUGACUCUGCUAUAGUUGACCUCAUCAUUGAUGGGGAUGACAGGGAGUACAGAGAACUGACCAUAGGUUUUGUGGACUGGUGCCAGCAGAACUGCUUCCAGAUCAACAAUAGAAAAACCACGGAGCUGGUGGUAGAUUCCCACAGAUGCUCUCUACAGAAACGGGCAGAGCAGGCUGUACCUGUGUCUUUUGAGGUGAAAGACCCACUCCUGAAGACCUAUGACUCUGUGGUGGUCUCAGCCAUCUUUUACGGUGUGGUGUGCUGGGGCAGCAGCAUCUCUGCUGGGAACAGGAAGAGACUGAACAGGCAGAUCUGGAGGAAUGUGGGUCCCGUUCAAAUCGUUUUGUGCCGGCUUGGGGGCGUACCCAUGACGCACGGAAACCGACGCCACGGACCUGGAUAUAUACCCCAGUACUUGGCCGUUAGAGGCACAACUUCGCCUAUCUUGGUUUUGAACACUACUCUGGCACAAAGUCGACGCUGA